AUGAAGAGUUUCGCUCUGCUGUCGCCGACUCUGCGUGGCCGCAUGACACCGCUGCGCGCCAAAUGGCCCACUGGACCACUUGGCGCCGCAACCCUCCCGUUCCAUACAGCAGCCCCCCGCGCGGCGAAUGACAAGUCGGCGCAAGACAAGCUUGUCGAUGAACGAAUCACUGCACCCCUCAUUCAGCUUGUCGACCCGACCAGCGGACAGCUUCAUGGGCCGUUCAAACCCCAAGAUAUCCUAGCGAAAAUCGACCGCAAGGCAUACCUGCUCAUGCAAGUCACAAAGGGCGCUAUGGACGACCCUACGCAGAAAAAAGAGUGGUCUCUCCGAGAUCUCCCCAUAUGCCGUCUGAUCAACAAGCGCGUGGAAUAUGAGCGACAGCGCGAGAAGAAAAAGAAGCCCACGAGCACGCAAUCCAAGGCAUUGACGCUUUCUUGGAACGUGUCAGACCAUGAUCUCUCCCACAAGCUGUCUAAAGCGCGUCGUGAACUGGAGCGCGGACACCAGGUGCGGGUGGAAAUCUCUGCCAAGUCAGGCACUCCACGUGCCUUGCCUGGCAGCCAAGAGGCCGAUGACCGUCUGCAGCUCGUGGAGCACAUCUUAUCUCAACUGACACAGGCUAGCCCCACGUCAGAGGCAACGCUCGCUCGCAUUACGUCGCCCCCGUCGUGGAAUCGCUCACGCACGCUGGUCGCCUUUGUCCUGCAAGGCUCCGGGGCCGCCUGA